AUGAUUCACUACUCCCUACGUGUGGCCUUAACGACUUUCCUUUUCGCCAUCUUCACGCUCCUUGUCACCGAUACCCUCGCAGCAACACCUCCCCUCGACCAACCCAUCCCCAACCCACCAUCAUUCCCGCCUACCUAUCACAAAUCAUCGACGCUGUCUGGUAUCAGACGCGAUACGCACGACCAACGCGACAAUCGGAGAAUGGAGGCGAACAAAAAUGCCGUGACCCAGUUACUGGAUGCCUUUGAGCAUGAAACUGCGAGGUUACUGAACCGGAUGCGCGGUGUGGAAAUGGUUGUGGAUUCGAUUGUGGCAGGGAUAGGGUUGGCUGACAGCAAGGAAAUGGACUCGGUCUGA